AUGCCCCGCCGUUGCCGCAUACAUUUCGUCUCCCUCCACUCUUCGCUCGUCAACCUCCCAAUCUCACUCUAUGGCCCUCUCGUAGAGCGAUUGGUCCGUCCCCAAGGGCUCGCUGUUCAUCUCACCCGCGUCGCUCAGGCCGGCCCCUCCGCAAGCAUCAAAGAUGUUGCCUCCAAGGUCGAAGCCUACGUCGGCUGGACUGGGAUGGCGUCCGCGUCCUCCCUUGCUCACUUCAACGCAUCGGGCGACCCUUCAGAUAAAGGCAUGGAGACUAUUGAGAUAGAUCCCCAGUACGCGCAAGGGCUAGGUUUUGCCUUGGGUGACGUGGUGGAAAUCGGACUGCUGCACGAUCUCCCUUAUGCCAAGUCAGUAGCAACAGAACCCGUCACAGCAGACGACUGGGAGAUACUGGAACUGCAUGCCUCUCAUGUUGAGAGCACAUUGCUAUCCCAAGUUCGCGUCGCAGUCGUGGGGCAAGAGAUUGACGUCUGGAUCCUCGGUCGGACGCGCGCGCGACUUAGCGUUGUGUCGACCGACCCUUCAGGCAAGACCUUGCUCUUGACCACUAAUUCCGAAGUUAGCAUCGCACCCAAACUUCGGUCCAAAGUCAAAACAUCCAAAGCGCCUCCUUCAUCGAAAGCCGCAGUCAACGGUGGUGCCACUGCUCUCCAAGCUGCCGCGGAGAAGAGCAAAGUCCCUCGCCUCAUUCGGACAUUGCGUGUCCUUCCCCAUCGUCACCACGCACAGCAGCUGUCGGCCCACGCUGGCAAGUCGGAAGAUGCUCUCGCUUUCGUCUCCUACAAGACUUUACUCACCAUGCGUCCACAAACGACCCCGAGUCAAACGAUGUUUGGCUGGACUGCAACACUUCGACGCGUUUCUCCUCCCGCAAACCCGGACAAGGAGCCUUCUCCUUCCUCGACUGUGACACCGCCGUCCUCUCGGCUACUUAUCCCUUCCUCGGAGUCUUCGUCGUCGAAGGCAACACUGGUCCCCGGCUCGUCUAAAAACGAGCUCGUGGUGAUGUGGUCGCCAGACGUAAACGUCCCCGAUGGUCAUAUCGUAUUGUGUCAGGCUUGCGACGGCGCCGAGGACUUUGACUUGGUGAAGUUGUCGUUCGUGCGAGAGAACAUAAAGUAUUCCAUCCCCGCAUCCAGCAAGGCAGUGUUGUUGACACCAAAUGAUCCUGCCACCCCCUCGCACGGUCUGGCUGGAGUAGACGACGUCUUCACGAAGUGCAAGCAAUUCUGCUUGACUACAUUCGCACAUCACGCCUUUACCAAACGGGUUCAAGGAGUGGCUGGACUCUUGAUUACCGGCAGGAGUGGAGCUGGCAAGACUGCUUUGGCGCACGCUGUGUCUAAAGCCAUGCAAGACGAUCCGAGAACGCUGUCCUACGUGCUCUACGUAGAUCUAAGCAGGUACAACAACUCUCCCAUCGCCAAAGUACGCCAGCACAUGAAGUACUGGAUCGACAAAGCAUCUUGGCACAAGCCUUCUGUACUGGUCCUUGACAACAUCGACAAACUAAUGGGGACAGAGCUCGAGCAUGCAGAUUCGUUUCACACCCGUCACGUCACCGAGCUCUUCCUAUCUCUCUUCGGGUCCUCGUCACGCGCCGGUGCGCCCAAUGCCAACGGCAUAGUUCUACUAGCCGCAGCCGAGUCUCAAGCAUCCUUGCAUCCGCUGCUCAACUCGUCGCACCUAUUCCAGGAGGCGGUGCACCUCAAGCCUCCUUCGAAGGAUGCUCGAAAAGAGGUACUGUAUCUGGAUCAGGUUGACACUCCGUUCCGCUCACAAUGCACCUUCCAGGUCCUUGCACAUCUCGUACAAGCGCACAUAGACACUUCAGACAUCACUCAAGACCCCGUUCACCCCCUGAACUUCACCGCGCUUGCAACACAGACAGAAGGCUACUCCGUAACUGAUUUGAAAGACCUCGUUGCGCGUGCUGUGCACCGCGCGGCCAUCCGCUCUAUGCAUGCGACGCUACCCGAACAGUUGCACACGACCCUCACUCCGGCCGAUUUCUCCAUUGCGCAAGUCGACUUUGUCCCGCACUCGCUCCGGGACGUGAAGUUGCAAAAGUCGGAGACCGCUUGGGCCGAUAUCGGAGGCCUGGGAGAGACGAAGCGCGUUCUGCGAGAAACGCUUGAGUGGCCGACGAAAUACGGGCCCAUCUUCGCACAGUCGCCUCUGCGUCUGCGAUCCGGACUGCUCUUGUAUGGCUAUCCUGGAUGCGGGAAGACUCUGCUUGCUUCUGCAGUUGCGAAGGAGUGCGGCCUUAACUUCAUCAGCAUUAAGGGCCCCGAGUUGCUGAACAAGUAUAUUGGUGCGAGCGAGAAGUCGGUGCGCGAUCUCUUCGAACGUGCGAGUGCUGCGAAGCCUUGUGUUCUCUUUUUCGACGAGUUCGACUCAAUAGCUCCGAAGAGAGGCCACGAUAGCACGGGAGUCACAGAUCGCGUCGUCAACCAAAUGCUUACCCAAAUGGAUGGUGCUGAGGGUUUAGAUGGAGUUUAUGUUCUUGCUGCGACAAGUCGCCCCGAUCUCAUUGACUCCGCCCUGCUUCGACCCGGGCGCCUUGAUAAGUCCCUUCUCUGCGACAUGCCCUCUGUCUCCGACCGCGAAGAGAUCCUGACCGCCCUCGGGCGCAAAGUGACCUUUGCCCCCUCGCUUGACAUGGCAGCCCUCGCCCGUGCAACCGAAGGCUUCUCCGGCGCAGACCUUCAAGCCCUCGUCUACAAUGCGCACCUCGAGGUCGUACACUCCGCCCUCGCCGCGCUCCCAUCCCCUUCGGACGGCACUGGCAGGUCGGGCGGCGGCGAUGAGCACGAGGUGCGGUACACCGCGCUUGGGGGCACGGAUGGCGCGGGGCGCGUGCUGUCGCGUGCGGAGGAAGCCGUGUUCCAGCGCCGCCUGCAACGCAUCGCGGCCUCUGCAGCGGCGGACCCUCGGCGUGCGAAGGCGAGCGGGGCGGCUCCAGCGCAGGCGAAGGCGAAGACGGUGCACGAGAUCGAGCAGGUCCACCUGGAGAAGGUGCUCAAGAGCACGCGCCCGUCUGUCCCGGCCGAAGAGUGCGAGCGGCUCGGACGGAUAUACGGUGCGUUUGUGUCGGACAGGAGCGGCGAGCUGCCGGUGCCGCCAGAAGCAGGUGGCAUUGGACUUAGAGCGUCGCUGGCAUGA